GAAAUCUUUGUGGCUAUUGCGGUUCGUAGCAUUGUUAAUCGGCUACAUAGUUUGCUCUAAUUUCUAAAGCCUAACAAUUUGAUGCUGACAAGCCUGCUAUGAGACAACUGACUGUGAUAGCACUACUCGUCAACUGUGGAACAAUCUCUUCGCUAAAGUGUCAUCAGUGCAAUGGAUGGCUCGGAAAUUACCCACCCAGGUUCACUCAAACAAGCACUUGUGACAACCGAAAUAAUCAGUGCGAAACGAAUCAGUACUGCGUUAGAAUACUGGAUACCAUGACGCCCGGGGUCGAAUACGUCACAUACAAAAGCGACUGCUUCUAUCAGACUACCCUACAAGUAAAUCCCACAAAUCUAUCAUAUGUGCAGGGUAAAACUUGUUUUCCCUUUCAAGAUGGUUCAGCACCAGUAAAAAGGUGGUUCUACUGCUUCUGCAACGAUAGGGAUUACUGUAAUUCCUCCAAGCCUGCAAUGUUUCUCACUCUACCGUUGCUUAUACUAUUCAUCUAUUUCUGUACAUAAGCGAUAUUUUCAUGGACCGAGACAUUUUCUCUUCCUGUGGCGAGACUUGUAGCACGUGUUUUUUU